AUGGGCAAGCUAAUGGUUGAACGCGAGGAGAAAAAUGGUGCAGCCUGGACGUUCCUACUUCUACCAUCCGCAAACACAGUUUUGGACAUGAGAGCGGGGGAGACAGCCUUCUCAAAGACGGUAGGGUAUGGAUGGCGUUAUGGACUAGAGAAAGCAUCGUCUGCUCCCGGCCGCCCUUGUCUCUGGGAUAUUGUAGCAGAUUUAACAUAUGCUUCCUGUCCUGAUCCGAAUCUCGAGAUUGAAUUUACUUGCGGCAUUAUCAAAGGUAAUAGGAACAUAUCCGAGCCUUUGCCCGACCUUCGUCAGUGUCGUAGCAUUUCCCCUGCGCGACGGAGCCGCCUCGGUUAUUGUGAUAAAAUUGGCUCUUUCCUCGACUUGUGGGGCGCUGAUUGCAUUCUCGUGGAAGCAUAUAUCCAUGGUGACCUUGUCCUCGCACAAAGCGCUUUCGCGCCACCGCUCAAGGCCGUCGCUGCGAAACAAGCGACGCCACCGAUGAAGCUGGACAUGGUCGACGCGCUCGAACGGAGCCUCGCAAGCGGCAACUUCACUGACACCAAAUUCAACGUCUUCUCUUGCUGGCGUAAAGUUGGUGGAGGACGACAACGCUUGUGUCGUCCUUUGCCCCUACAUGCGGCCACAUCUGUGGUACUGAACCGCUUAGAUCUAAAAUGCAGCCUCAACUUUGGCGAGUUGUGGGGGUGGAGAUCGAUCGUUGCCGAAGAAGGGGCUAUCAGCGAGAGGAGAAAGGCACUCCGCGACAUGCUGUGCGCCAGUGACUGUGAACGUUCAUUCCUUGAUGUAGGCGACGAGUAUGAAGAGGACAGCGACUUCGAUCCAGACGAGGAGAGCGUCAUAGAAGAAAGCCCCCACGGCGGCUCUACCUUGUGUCCGCCUGCUCCCGGUGCGACCUUGAGCAAUAGCGACGCGACGAUCUCCGUUGCGCGUCCGGAGAAUACGACGAGCAAGUCUAAGAACGCCAUGUCUGGAGGCGUUCCCCCGAUCCACAGUACAUUCUUGGUCAAAGGCGUCGCUUACAAAACGUGGAGAGCGUUCCUGUUUUACAUUUACACCGGUCAAGUCAACUUCUCCCCUAUGAGCCCACAAAACGGGGGAAAGGUUGAGCCCGACUCGCUGGCCAACGAGACUAAGCUAAAGUGCUCACCGUGCUCUCCAAAGUCCAUGUAUCGUCUGGCCAUCAAAGUUCGUCCUCCGCCUUUCGCAUUCUAUGAACCCACAAAGCUAACUGAUCACUCGCGUCUCAAGCUUCAGCUAGAGCCGCUAAAGCAACUCGCGUUUGAUGAGAUACGCAGACAUCUGACGAAGGAUACCAUCCUACACGAGGUCCUAUCCAAAUUCACUGCCAAACAUCCAGAGAUACUUGAGAUGGAAAUGAACUUCUUGAUGAAUCAUCGUAGUGAGAGCGGGGUUAUGGACUCCCUCCCGGAGAAAAUCGAGCAGAUGAUGCGAGGCGAGAUGACACACUGCAAAGAGGUGCUCGCUACCAUCAUGAUGAACUUGUGGAAGAAGGCGUGAGUCUGGUGGGGGUUCUCUGUAGCUAUCAAUGUACCAGGUGCAUGCGAUGUUGAUUUGCGAAAGUGAA